AUGGUAAUCAUGGAUCAACAAAACGGCGAAAACGAUGUUGUCAUGCGUGUCUGGGCCCUCCUUUCUGAGAUGUCAGAAUCGCUCAGCGCAAACCGGACAACUUCGGUCAAUAUUCACGGCCUUGCUGACGGCGUUAAGGCUCAAGCGAUCCAUUCACAAACAGGCUUUGUGUUGCGUCGAUUCAACUUAGACAAGUCAAAAGAGGUCUAUGAAGCCGAGCUAGAACGCAUGAAUGCCGCCAUGUCCGCAGAGAACCAGACCCUGCUGAACGAUAACCGACAACUCAGCACACUCAUCCGCGAGUACGAGCAGACCUUGGAGAAGGCGAUGGAGAAAUUCCGUGCACAUGCUCAUGAAGUGCAACAACGCGAACUCGCGCUCAUGCGCCAGUACGAAAAGGUCAUCAUCGAACGCGAGACCGAAGCAGUCAAGGCGUCGCUCGUCGUGAACAACGCGCGCUCAGAAAGCCUCGUACGCGUCAGUCGCCUUUUACGCACCGUGCUCCGCAAGAUGGGCGGGGAGGAUAUCCAAGCGUACGAAGCUUAUGCGCAGGCGCGCGCACGAGCUGCCAGAGCUUCGCAGUCGAGGGAAGCUUCGGGUUCCAUGGCCGCCGGAUCCUCUUCGGAUCCACAGCAGGAAGACAAGGGGAAGCAGCGCGAGGAAGAUGCCCAGGAUGAUGAACUCCUCCCAGUCUCAGACAUAGAUCGCCUCUUGAGCGAGGAGGAGGAUUCGGAGAGGCGCGUCGCCGCAGCGGAAUGGUCCCUUGAGCGCGAAGUCGAAUUGGCUCGCCUAGAGCGGGAGAACGAAGAGCUCCGUGCACUCGUCAACGGGCUGCUCCCACCUAACGCGCCUACAACUCGCCCUGGAACAAUCGCACCGCCGGGAGUAAUCCCGCCCCCGCAUAUACCCCCACCACAUAUACCCCCGCCCCAAGAAGCCUCGCCGCCCCAAGGAGAUCAAUUCGGUGGCUCUGAGGAUCAAACACCAGACCAGCAGUCGGAAGAGCCAUCACCACCUCGUAUUCAGCAACGGUCUGUGGGCCCAUAUGGGACCUACAAGGCUCCGUCACCACCACGCGCUGAAUGA